AUGUCGAUUCAGCCCAUCUACCUAAGGUUGGCCAGCACUGCUUGUGCCUUGGCGGUCCUGGCUGGCAACUACCAGUGGCUGGCCUUGCUUCCGCACAAUGCAUUGAUCCCCUUGAUCCUCAGCAUCGGCACGCUGAUCGCGCUGAGUUUCAUUCAAGAUGCGGACAAAUCUGAGGAAGUUCACCACUAUCCAGCCACAGAGUGGAAAUAUCCUUUGCCAGAAGCAGGUGUGAGGGAUGGUUUUCCGAAAUAUGAUCCGGAAGCACCUGCAAAGUCAUUUGUCGCGAUUUGCGAAAGCUUGAUACAAGAAUGUACGAAAGACUUGCCCACAACACAUGAGCUUCCUUCUAUGGAGCAGAAGUGGAUAGUGGACAUGUUGGAAUACAAUGUGAAAGGCGGAAAGAUGAACCGCGGAUUGAUGGUUGUUGAGAGUGGUGCUAUCAUCCUGAGAUCUCAAGGAAAAGAACCAACUGAGGAUGACUUGAAGAAACUUGCAGUGCUGGGCUGGUGCAUCGAAUGGCUCCAAGCUUGGCUUCUUGUUGCAGAUGACUUCAUGGAUAGUUCACAGACACGCCGGGGCCAACCUUGCUGGUACAAAAAGGAUGGAGUCGAAGAAAUUGCCAUCAACGAUGCUUUUAUGAUUGAGAUGCUUGUCUACCGUGUCUUGAAACGCCACUUUUGGACGGAACCCUACUAUUUGGACCUGCUCGACUUGUUCAUGGAGACCACCUUCCAGACGGAAUGUGGACAGCUCUUGGAUCUUCAAUGCAAGAACAUUGGCCUUCAAGACUUUACCUACACUCGCUGGGAGCUCAUUGUGAAGUACAAGACCGCUUUUUACUCCUUCUACUUGCCAGUUGCUCUGGGAAUGACAGUAGCAGGGAUCAAGGAUCAAGAAGCCUACGAUGCAGCUAGAGAGCCUUUGUUACUCAUGGGUGUCUAUUUCCAGGCACAGGACGAUUACUUGGAUGCAUUUGCACCACCAGAAACCCUGGGCAAGAUAGGGACAGACAUUCAAGACAAGAAGUGUGGGUGGCUCUUUGUCCAAGCCUACCACGACUUGUGCUCUUCAGAACAGAAAGCCUUUUUGGACGAGCACUAUGGAAAGUGCAAAGUCCAAACUGAAGAGGAGCAGAAGAUCAAGGACAUUUACAAGGCGGUUGGAUUGGAGGAGAAAUACCAGAAUUACGAGACCAAGUCGUUCAAUGACAUCCUUGCCUUCAAGAGCAAAGUCACUCAAGCAAACUUGCCAUGGGAAAUGAUCGAGAUUUUCUUGAAGAAGGUCUAUAAACGUGCCAAAUGA